AUCUGAAACUGAUAUUACAUUAGAUUUUACUGUGAAUGAUAUAAUUUCUCUUACCUAUUGCACAGACAUCAAAGUGUCAUUUUGUCAUAAAAAGUACAAUUUGAGAUCAGAUGCCCCAUAUAUAUUGAGAAAGGCUGAAUUUUAGGACAUCGUACUAAAUAUAAAAAUGAGUGUUUACGAUCAGAGUUAUCAAUAUUCAGCACAAUGAUAACUGCAAUACUCUGUGUUUUUUCGUUCCUUUUUUUAACUUGGUGGUUUUUUGCUGGGGGGAGGAUUAACCUGCCGCCUUCGCCUCCUUGCUUUCCUCUUAUUGGUAAUGUUGGGCAAUUCGCUCCCGAGGACUCUAUAGUAGCCUUCAGAAAGUUUAGAAAAAAGUAUGGCGAUAUUUUCAGCCUCAAGAUUUUCCACAAGACGGUUAUUAUUGUCAAUGGCCAUGAUCAUAUUUAUAAUUUAUUCAUGAAACAUGGUGACGUGUUUUCCGACCGCCCAGCAGGUAUAUUGAAGGACUUUUUCAGUAAAGGAAAAGGAGUUUUGGGAAGUUCUGGUUCAUCCUGGAAAGAACAAAGAACAUUUUCGCUCAAUGCAUUGAGGAAAUUUGGAUUCGGGAAACGAUGUUUGGAAAACCAAAUCAUGGACGAGGUCAGAGGGCUUCUGGAGGUCAUUGAAAAGUUUGAAGGUCAAGCCAUUGACAUUGAAGAACCUCUUGCAAUCAGCAUUGCUAAUAUCAUCUGCUCCAUCGUAUUUGGAAAACGGUUUGAUUACAACGACUUAAAAUUUAAGCACUUAUUGUUCCUUUUAAACCAAAUUUUUCACCUCACGACCGGAAGUUCGUUUUUGACCCUUUUCCCGGCACUAAGACAUGUUCCGUUUGAUAUUUUUAAAGGCCAAACCGUUCAAAGAAAUCUUGAUGAGAUUCAAUCUUUUAUUAAAGAAAUAAUUGACAACCAUCGCCUUUGUUUUGACAAGAACAAUAUAAAUGAUUUUAUUGAUGCUUUUCUAAUGGAGCAACAGAAUCAAGAAAUGGAACGCAAUACUGCCUUUACUGACGAACAGCUCGUGGUUACUGUCCAGGAUCUCUUUGCUGCUGGGAGUGAGACAACAGUGACGACACUACGUUGGGCUUUCCUAUUUUUGAUACAUCAUCCGGAUAUACAAACCAAGCUACUCAAGCACAUAGACGAAAUCAUCGGAGAAGCUGUUCCUCAAAUAGAGCACAGGGAGAAAUUACCAUAUGUGGAGGCUUUCGUACUCGAGGUUUUGCGAAUGGGAAAUAUAGUUCCUCUUGGAGUUCCUCAUUGUCCAAAUCGCGAUUUUGAAUAUGGAGGAUACUCGUUUCCAAAUGGUGUCACUGUAUUGGCCAAUCUUGGUUCUGCAUUACAAGAUCCAAACAUAUUCAACAAUCCACAAAAAUUCCAGCCAGAAAGGUUUCUAGAUGAAGAUGGAAAGUGCAAGGGGACACAAAAGGAUAAGAUGAUUCCAUUUUCGACAGGAAGAAGAGUCUGCCUUGGGGAAAACUUGGCAAGAAUGGAGUUAUUUUUGUAUUUGGUUGCCAUUUUACAAAAAUUUGAGAUUCAGCCCGAGGAUACUGGCGACUUACCUUCCCUUAAAGGACAUUUGGGCAUCACCUACAUGCCAAAGCCCUACAAAGUGAAAUUUAUCAGACGGUCAUAACACUUCCGAUUUGGAAGCCUGUCGAUGCCAUAUUUCUUGAAAUUGUUAAAAUGUUUUCUUUUGCCGGUAUUUGAAUAAUUAGUAACGUUUGUAUAACACAUCUUCACGAGAAAUCUUAAUUGAAUAUUUCCAGAACAAUGUCAAAUAAUCCAUCGAUUCCCUGUAUAUUUGAUAUUCAUUAAAUACAAUUUGUAACCUGUCAUUAUUUAUUUACUUUAUUUAUGUUACGACCACUUAUGUCUAACCUUUGCUUUCCUAUAAUGAUGUGUUUUGUUCCUUGCCUUACAGCACAUGUAUUCGAAAAUACCAAUAAAAAG